CCCGUCCCGGCGCGCCCUCUCCAGGAAGUUAGAGCCCCGCGAGGCGCUGCAAUAGCCGCAGCUGCCGGCGCCCUGCGCCCCCCCAGCGCCCACCAUGCGGCCGCUCUUCCUGCUGUGGGGCUGUCUGGUGCUCCCAGGCUAUGGAGCCCUGGUGGGUCCAAAGGAGAUCAGCGGGUUCGAAGGGGACACGGUGUCCCUGCGCUGCACCUACGGGGACAAGCUGAAGAAGUUCCACAAAUAUUGGUGCCGGGGUGUGGGCUACCUGCUGAACCGCUGCUCUGGCACAGUCUACGCGACCCCAGAUGGCCGGGAGACGACGGUGGGCAAGGUGUCCAUCCAGGACAGCCGUCACGAGCGCACGCUCAAAAUAACCCUACGGGGAAUCAGCCUGCAGGACGCGGGGAAGUACUGGUGCGGGGUCCAGAAGCUGGGCCUCGACGACAGCGUCCCCAUCUCUCUGCUGGUCUUCCCAGGGACCUCCCGCCCCACCGCCAGACUGGACGACCCCUCGGCGGAGGACCCCCGCCAGGUCCCCAGCAGCAGCGGCAGCUCCAAGCCCAGGACACUGGUGCCCACGGCCCGCAUGCUGGCGCCGGUGCUGGUGCUGCUGUCUCUGCUCCUGGCCACGGGCCUGGCCGCGCUCGCCCGCUGCAUGUUCCACUGGAGGAAGGAAGCCGUGCUGGAGGACUCACCAAAGGACACGGAUGAGAAAGUGCAGCUGUCACACAUGACGCUGGGGAACAGCUGGGGCCCAGAGUGCGCCGUGAUCAACCUGGCAGGGCCCACCGAGCCCGACUCCAGCCCCCCGCCCAACGCCCGCCCCUACACGGAGGGACAGCCCCUGAACCAGACUUCAGAGGAAGACCAAGCCACUCCGCUGGACUCUCAGGGGGACCUGGCACCCGGGGGUCCCCUCCAAGUGCCCGGGGAAGAGUCAGGCUUCGUCCCUGUGUAGGCCCCGAGGGGCCUCCGGGCCAGGCCAUCCAUGAACCAACCCACUGGAAUAAGCUUGUGGCUGCAGCCUCCGAGUUCACCCAUCCGUGAUCGGGAGCGCACCUCCUCCUUCUGCUUGUCCCCCACCUGAUCUGGAAGCUUCUGUCAGCCUUGGAUUCCCGGGACUAGCGGGAGAAAAAGGCUUCCCCGGCUGGGUGCUCCUUGAUCGGCUGGGGCCCGGGGGGUCUGGCCUGAGUUUUCAUCAGCGACAGGAAGUCCCUCCUCCGUCCCUCUCGACCCCACCUCCUCCUCCCUCCCACCACCCCAGAGUCACACCCUGUUGUCUUGCCUCAACUGCUGGCUUCGCCAAAAAGGGGGUUUCUGGAAGGAGGGGCUGUGAGCUGCUCUGACAUGCACUCCGGGACCAGGCAUGUAGUGUGGCGGGGAGAGACCUCAUGUCUCACCUGCACGAGCCCUGGGUUUGAUCCCUGUCCCCGUCCCCUCAGAUAGGAUUCCUGGACCUCACUGAAAUCAACUCUGGGCCCAGGAAUCUUCGCUUCUGACAAAUGCCCUCAUGAUUCCAGAACUCGAUUCUGAGACCCAGUGAGUCUCAGGCCUCCCUGCUUCUUUGGUGCAAGGGGUCCCCCCACCCUACCCCCCAAUCCACCCAGGACUGCUCUGCCCAGGACACCGGGACCCAGCCUGGGCGGCCACAAGCACACACACACUGCACACACUGGGAAGGCUAAUCCCGGACUGCAGGGGGCGCUCAGGCGCUCACCUCCCACCAGCUGCCCUCGGGUGAGGGUGAAGGGCUGGGGUCAGGAGUCCACGGCAAAAGGGAGGAGGGGGCUCACCUUGCACACAAUCUCCCUAGGUUCGAUCCUCGGCAUCCCAUAUGGUCCCCAGAGCACCACCAAGAUCAGAGUGGCCCCUGAGCACAGAGCCAGGAGUAACCCCUGAGUAUGGUUGGGUGUGACCCCAGAAGAGGGAGGAGGCAGGGGAACCCCAAGUCUGAUGGCCCGGGUGGGGUAGAGGUAGAAGACCUAGACUCCUGCAGGUGGGGGAGGGAGCAACACCUCCGGUGUCACCUGUAGGGCGCCAAUACUCAGACAUUGUUCUUGCCAUUUGUUUCUGUUUUUUUCUCAGCAUCAGUGGUUCAAGUUCUCUUACCGACUACGUUGUAGCUAUAAUAUAGCUCCUGCUCUUGCACCUGAAUUUUGUUCUGUUUCUUUGCCGCCAUUUUUUUUUCCACAACACCCUUUGCUAAUAUUCUCCAGAUUAUAUUGUACCUAGAGCGUAGCUCUG